UCCAUGGUGACGGCGUUAUUUACGCGCUGCGCAGUCAGGCAGUCAGUCGUCAAUAUGCCGCUCUUUCUUCAUUUAAUAAUCACGUUAAACUGUCUUUAAUAACCGCUUCAGCGCAUAUGUCGUCUGUGUUAGUCGAGCACAGCUGCUGUGAAUGAAGAGCUGACGCUGCGGCUGAUGUAUAAAUACGAGACUCUGGGCUGUCUGGGCUCCGGUAGUUACGGGACGGUGCUGAAGUGUCGACACCGGGACACCGGCAGAACCGUCGCCGUGAAGAAGCUCUUGGAGGAAGAUGAGACUGUGAGGAAGAUCGUUCAGAGAGAAAUCAGACUGCUGAAACAACUGCGGCAUGAGAAUCUGGUGAAUCUGCUGGAGGUGUGGAAGCGCAGACGUCGCUGGUAUUUGGUGUUCGAGUUUGUGGAUCGGACGGUUCUGGACGAGCUCGAGCAGUUCCCAUCCGGACUGGAUCCGCACAGAGUCCGGAAAUAUCUCUACCAGAUCCUGAGGGCCGUUUCCUUCUGCCACCAGCACAAUAUCAUUCACAGAGAUGUGAAACCCGAGAACGUUCUGGUCUCUCAGCUCGGCGUGGUCAAACUCUGCGACUUCGGUUUCGCUCGGACGAUGGCGGCCGCUCCUGGUGAGGUUUACACCGACUACGUGGCGACGCGCUGGUAUCGAGCACCGGAGCUGCUGGUGGGAGACACCAGAUACGGGAAGGCGGUUGACGUGUGGGCCGUCGGGUGUCUGUUCUUUGAGAUGUUAACGGGUGAUCCUCUGUUCCCGGGCGACUCUGACAUUGACCAGCUGCAUCUUGUCAUCAGUUGUUUUGGUCAUCUGACCCCUCGUCACCGCGAGGUCUUCUACAGGAACCCGGUGUUCAUGGGAGUUUCUCUUCCAGAGCCGGCGGAGAGGAACCCGCUGGAGAGCCGCUCGCUCAAACUGUCUGGAUUGGCUCUGGAUCUCGCUCAGAGAUGUUUGCAGAUGGAUCCAGACAAACGCUCGCAGUGUGCAGAUCUGCUGCUGCAUCCGUACUUCACCAGAGACCGCUUCCACAUGCGCUUUCAGCAAGAACUGGCCAGUAAGACACACAAGGACCUGAAGGAAAACAGCAGAGGCACUAAAAGCUCCAGGAGAGAGAAGGAGAAGCUGGACAUCCUGAGAUCGGCUGCUAACAACUCCGUACGGGACUCAGAGCUGCGGCUCAGUGAGUUCAGGCCGUCUGAUGGUGAGGACAGUGACAUCACAGCCAAGCUCCGCCCAGACGACACGGAGCCAAUCGGUGAGAGCGUGUGUCAGGUGGGAAUCCCGCCCAUCUCCACCGACUCCCUGUCCGUCAUCAGCUCACCGGCCACACACAGCCUCAGGUCGUUUGAUAAGAUGAAGAAGCAAAUAAACGUGUUUCCACGGCCGUCACCGCAGAACCUCUCCAUUCAGCUCAAUGCACAGGUGUCGUCAGAGCGCAGCAGGAGUCAAUACGCUGCAGGGCCUGCUGGGAAAAAGAUGGCGGAGCUGCGUUUCCCUGAGCUCAGAAACACACUGCUGCCAGAGCUGAGAGCAGAAGGAAGACAAAGAGGAAACAAAGAGCAGAAAAACAACAGAAUCCCAUCAAUCACAGCACCGGACCUGCAGUCUGACACCAGCACAUAAGCGCACACACACACACACACACACACACACACACACACACAGCUGUCAGCGCUGAUCUGUGUGUCUGAACACAUGAAGAGUGUUGAACAGUGUAAAUAUGCUCUUGAUCUGUUUUAAUACAUUGUCUCUUCAUUGCAUUGAUUUGAUCACAAUGACUGGAUAGUUUCAGUUUGCUCUUGUUCUUAUUUUGUUCUGCUGGUUUUAUUUUUGACUUGUUCUGUAGAAAUCUGGAGAACUUUGACUUUAAUAAACUUUCUUCAUCUGCUGCUCGUCAUUGAGUUCAAUCCAUCGAACUGUUUCUCAUCA